UUGGUAGGUUUGAUCGGUCCCUGGAGUUAUACAGUCGUGCAUGUUCGUGGAGAGAAUAAGAUCUGGAAUUUACAUAAAUAAAACUAUUGUUGGUUUAUUCGUUUUGGUAUUUGACGAACAUACUGGAAAGACAACGGUCACAAAUGAAGGAAUAGUGGAAGUCUUGUGGAUUAGGGCUAUUUGUCUUGAAAACAUGGGACAAAGAGGAUGCGGGGAAUGGCGGGAGCGACGGCAGAGUGUCACCUACAUGGUUGCUUUGGUUCUGUUUUGGAGCGGAGCAUCUGCACAGAUAAGAUACACCAUAUCUGAAGAGCUUAAGGAAGGAACUGUCGUGGGGAAUAUAGCUAAGGAUGUUGGAAUAGAUCUGAGCACCUUGAAGGAGAGGGGAUUUCGAAUCGUGUCUGGCUCGACCGAGCCUCUUUUCGAGGUAAACCAGAAUGACGGCAUCUUAUAUGUGAACCGAAAAAUAGACCGAGAGGAGCUGUGUGAACGGAGCAGCGUGUGCUUGAUCAACCUGAAAACCGUUCUAGAGAACCCGCUGGAGAUCCAUUAUGUCUCAGUGGAGGUGUUAGAUGUUAACGACCAUUCUCCCAGCUUUCCCGAGAAAGAGAAUCGGUUAGAAAUAUACGAGUCCGCUUUACCUGGUGUACGAUUUCAGCUGCAAGCUGCCGUUGAUCCAGAUGGUGGCCAGUACUCGGUUCAGCAAUAUAAACUCAGUCAUAAUGACCAUUUUCGUUUGGAGGUUAAAGAUCGAGGAAGGGAAGGUAAAAUUCCUGUUGUAAAUCUACUAAAGCCCUUAGAUAGAGAAGCUAUGAAAAGACAUACAUUACUACUCACAGCCAUUGAUGGAGGAAAACCUCCCAGGUCUGGGACUGUGGAAAUAGUUAUUGAUGUUUUAGAUGUAAAUGAUAAUAUGCCUGUUUUUGUCAAAGAGUUAUACUCAGUUACAUUGAAUGAAAAUUCUCCUAUUGGCACGACAGUCGUGCAAGUAAAUGCCACGGAUUUAGACGAGGGUUCGAAUGCCGAGGUCCUUUACUUUUUCGGUAAAAUGGUAAAAAACAAGAUUCGUAAACUUUUCGAUGUAAAUACGAAUACGGGUGAGAUAGUUGUGAAAGAAUUGGUCGAUUUCGAGCUACAAGACAGCUAUGAGAUUGACAUAAUGGCAACUGAUAAAGGAUCUGCCCCUCUGACAACUGACAAAAGCAUAACAGUAAAGAUUAUUGACCUCAACGAUAAUGCACCUGAGAUCGAGGUGACGUCUUUUUCGAACGCAAUCCCCGAGGAUUCUAGACCAGGCACCACUGUAGCAUUAAUCAGUGUUAAUGAUUUAGACUCUGGUCUUAAUGGCAAAGUGAUCUGCUCUUUAGUUGAGGACAUACCAUUUACAUUAAUGCCGUCUUUACAGGACAACAUGUAUUCUGUAGUCACCAAAUCAACACUGGAUCGAGAGAAAUCAUCACAAUAUGAUCUAACAGUAGUUGCUAAAGACGCAGGCCAGCCGUCCCUGUCAUCUGUAAAGACUAUAAGCGUAGUUAUAUCAGAUGUGAAUGAUAACAAUCCAGAGUUUUCAUUAAGCUCCUAUACUUUCUAUAUCACUGAGAAUAACGACCCAGGCGCCUCAGUAUUUUACGUAAGUGCAUCAGAUCGUGACAUAGAUGAAAACGCUCUUAUUUCAUAUCAUAUUCUCAGAUACGGUGGUGACGAGAACAAAUGGGCAUCUUUUCUCAACGUAAAUUCAGAAAAUGGAAACAUUUUGGCGCUAAAAAGUUUUGACUUUGAAACUUUAAAAACAUUCAAAUUCCAAGUUGUAGCUACAGACUCUGGAACUCCGUCACUAAGCAGCAACGUCACAGUGAAUGUGUUCAUUCUGGAUCAGAACGACAACGCUCCAGGGAUCUUGUAUCCAGUCAGCGCUAACGGUUCCGCUGAAGGUGUGGAGGAGAUUCCCCGCAAUGUGAACGCAGGCCAUUUGGUGACUAAAGUGAGAGCCUAUGACGCUGAUAUAGGAUAUAACGGCUGGUUAUUAUUUUCACUGCAGGAAGUUACUGACCACAGUCUCUUUGCCUUGGACCGUUAUACAGGACAGAUAAGGACACUUCGGUCAUUCACAGAGACAGACGAGGCUGAGCAUAAACUGGUCAUACUGGUAAAAGACAAUGGGAACGUUUCACUCUCAGCAACAGCUACUGUGAUUAUCAACGUUGUGGAGCCCAAAGAGGCUUUUGCAGCUUCUGAUCUUAAAAGCGCAGUAAAAGACGAGGAGGAGAACAGCGUUACGUUUUAUUUGAUCAUAACUCUGGGGUCAGUUUCAGCACUUUUUAUCAUCAGUAUCAUCGUGUUGAUUGUAAUGCAGUGCUCCAAAGCCCCAGACUAUUCCUCCAAGUAUUUACAAGAUGUGAAUUACGACGGGACACUGUGCCACAGCAUCCAGUACCGAUCCGGAGACAAACGGUACAUGUUAGUUGGACCCAGAAUGAGUAUAGGUUCUACUAUUGUCCCGGGCAGCAAUGGGAAUACUCUAGUGGUACCUGAAAAUAGGAGGAGAGCUUCUGGAGAGGUAAGAAGAUCAAGUUGA